CGUGCGCGGAGCGGAGAAGCCGUGGGAGGCUCGGACGCGUAACCAGCCAGCAGAGCUCCACUCCGCGCCGCGCUCUCUCUCUCUCUCUCUCUCUCUCUCUCUCUCUCUCUCUCUCUCUCUUCCUCUCUUUCUCUCCCUCUCUCUCUCUUUCCUCGAACACCCGCGGCCGCCUGACCCCGAGAGGGAGACUUCAGUAAGCUCGGAGCUUUCAACCGGUCCGCAGCCGUUCGCUGUCGACGUCGACGUCGUUGCGUCCCGGCGCAAAACGCGCUAUCCGCGACACGCGAUAGCGCUGCUGAUCGUCCUGGACCCUUGGAGCAUCAUCCUCCGCUCGGACUCCCCCCCGAGACACGAACCCCUCCGAAACUGGAACGGAAAUCGAGAACUAUCCCCAGACGAGUGGAAGCUGCGGAGAGUGCUAGCGGCGAGUUAAUCGCGAAAUAUGACAUUGGCAGGACGAAGGAGUGAUCCUUCGAGGGGUGGCGUUUUCGAGACGAGGGGCAGCAUACCGAAUAACUUCAAGAUCCUACCGAGAUAUUCAGUUUAUUAUUAGAUGGUUGCCGAUCGACGACGGUGCGAGGGUCCAACGCAGGCAUUGCCUCUCUCACGCGACAGUUCUGUCGGCGGGGGAAGGAUGAGGACGAGGAAGAGGAGCUCGCGGCCUGCCGGUCGAUGCGGUUUCGAGUUCGCGAUCGCGUGUCAACGGGCUGCACGUUGAUCCUGCCCUCCUACCCCGGGGGCAGAUCGGACCGAUCCUCGAAUAAAUAACUCGCGCGCAAAGGGAAGGGAACGACUUUUCUAUUUGAGACUGACGACGUGGGGACGAUCGAAGCUGUGUGUGUGUGUGUGUAUGUGUGUGUGUGUGUGUGUGUGUGUGUAUGUGUGUGUGUGUAUAGAGAAGGCGAUGAUCUCGCUCCCGGAAGCGGCUGGAGAUCCUCCCAUUUAGAGCCCACGUCGAUCGCGCGCGACGAUCCUGUCGUCAAAUUAUUCCACGUUGCUCCUAGUUGCCCGCGCGCGUGAUGUCGCGUGCUCCCAAAUAAAUCGACACAAGAAAGAAAGAAAGGAUCGAUUAGUAUGGGAAAUAGCGCGAUAAGGUAGAAGGAUUGGAAAAAAGAAAAAAAAAAGAACGCACGGUUGAGUUCAACCUGCGGGAGAGGCGAAGCCUUCACCCUCUCGGUCGUCAAUCUUGUUACGGAGAGGCAACUGAUGCCCCGCCGUACGGUGCUUGCAGAUGAUACUGAGGCCAGGCAACACCGCCGUAGCGACGAUAUAUCGAACGGCGACGAACUUGAACGUGAAAAAAAAUACGCAAGUUACGCGGGAGAGAGAAAGAGAGAGAGAGAGAGAGAGAGAUGCGUCUGCGUGAUCGUGCGGCGACGGUCGCGUUUUUCGGCGAGCAAUCGGCUCCUCCGUCCUACGGUCGAUCGCGAUUAAACGUUUCGAACGGGUAUACAUCAUGCUCGACGCACGCUGCACGAAAACGAAACGCAGUAGAAUGUAUCCUUGACAUGCUUGAAUUAAAGAAAGGAUAUCGACGCGACGAAAGGAAGGAGGGCAUGUUUACGGAGUGGGAACCGCGGAUGGAGUAAAAAUAAAAUGCGACUUUUGUGUAUAACCGUACGCUCGAUGACGCUCGCGUUGAAGGGAAAUGGUGACGAAACGUCGAGGAACAUCGUGUGAGAUCACUUGAAAUGACGUGUGCCCGACGUGGUAACCGUCGACGAAGGACUCGAUUACGUUACGUGAAAGCGAGCGUUCACGUGCGGCAGGGAAUAGCGAAUGACAUUUUGCAGGAGUGAUGGCUAUUUCGGGCCGGACACGCGGGUGUGCCGCAUUUACAAGACAUUCCUCGCGAAUGGUUUAUUGCAGAUUCGUAUUUCCGGUACUCGCGGAAACGUGCGUAAAUACCGGAAAACGAAAAGGCGACGAGAUGUGAAGCUUCCUCUUAUUCGCACGGCUCUCAUCGCAUAAUUGAACGUUCCUAUUGCGCUCGAUGCACGUUACAUUAAGCUCAAGGUGAUAUGGAAGCAGAAGACGAAGUGGAUGAUGAGUUGUCGGAGGCCGUCGACACGGAAGCAAAUCAUAACAAUAACCUCGAGAACUUCGAGACGAUGAAGAUCUCUACGAAAUCCGUGUCCGAAAGGACACUGGAGAAGGGCAACUGUCCUUUAUUGCGCUCGUCUAAUCUCGAGCAAUCGGAAGUCGUCGGUUCCGCUGAUGAUGGUCCCGAAAAGUUGAAAACGUCCGCGCGAUCAGAAUCAAAAGUACUCCUAAGUACAAGCACAAAGACUGAUGUGAAGGAGAUCGAGAUCGCCAGAUUGUGCAGAAGCAAGAGGGUCAGCUGCCAGGAUAUUAUACACGAGUACGACGAAGACGACAACCUCACCAUGGAUAGAGUCGGAAGAUAUCUGGAGGCGCAUCCUGCUCAGGCUGAAACGUGGCUACGCGAGAGAGCAAGUCUCCAGCUCCGACAGAGAUUACAGAACACGUGUAUGCUGCAAACGAUAACACCGAGCGCACCGAGCGCACCCAGCGUGCAGCAGCAAGAGCAGAGCCUUCUCAACCAGAGCAAACGCAACAGCGUCACAUCCGAUCUCUUUCAGAGCUGGCUGGCUUCGAGUUCACCCGCGAAGCGCAGCAGGAGUCCCAACAACACGCUGAUGGAUCGUCGCGAGGAACUUGGUAGACUGGACGAAAGCGAUCUAUUCAUGGAGUUGAUAAGGGACGUGGCGAACGAACUCGACAUCAACGUCCUAUGCCAUAAGAUCCUAGUGAACGUCGGCCUACUCACUCAUGCCGAUCGCGGCAGCCUGUUCCUGGCGAAGGGACCCUUGGAGGAUCGGUAUCUGGUGGCGAAGCUGUUCGACGUCACUCAGGAAACCGAGCUCGAGGAAGCCCUCCAACGGGCUAAGAACGAGGAGAUCAAAAUACCGUUCGGAGUCGGUAUCGCUGGUUACGUGGCGCAAACCAAGGAGAUUAUCAACAUCAAAGACGCUUACAAGGAUCCGAGGUUCAAUUGCGCCAUUGACAUGCGUACCGGAUACAAAACAACGUUGAUUCUAUCGAUGCCGAUCUGCAAUUAUGAAGGCGACGUUAUCGGGGUCGCCCAGAUCAUCAAUAAGACGAACGGCAGCAACGAAUUUACGGACAGGGACGUCGAGGUGUUUCAAAGAUACCUCACAUUCUGCGGCAUCGGCAUACAGAACGCGCAGUUGUUUGAGCUGUCGGUGCAGGAAUACCGACGCAAUCAAAUACUCCUCAAUCUGGCGCGGAACAUAUUCGAGGAGCAGAACAAUCUCGAGUGUCUUGUCACGAAGAUCAUGACCGAGGCGAAGGAACUGCUCAAGUGCGAGAGGUGCGCCGUAUACCUGCUGGAUCUGGACUGCGGCGAGGCAGGACAUCUCGAGAAAAUCGUCGAGCGGCCCGGGAGAUCGGUGCAAGAGAGCAGAAAGCCGUUAUCGAGAAGAGAGGCGGCUCAGAGCAAUAACAUCGAUAUGGAGGACAUUAUGCAACAGCAUGCCUUGACCGAAGGUAGCAAAUUUACAAUGGUAUUCGAGAUGGAGAACGAAACGGAAGAAGCCCGGAUUUAUCGGCCGAGUAACAACAAUCUGUCAAGCUCCUUGGGACAGAUCGCGAGAUACGUCGCCGUGAGCGGCCAAAUUCUCAACAUUGGCGACGUCGCCACGUGGCUGAAGAAAGGCGUAAUAGAGAGCGGAAACAAACCCAUCAGAAGUAUCCUAUGCAUGCCGAUCGUCAACGGACAGAGAAUCGUCAUUGGAGUUGCUCAAUUGAUCAACAAGGACAACGGCACAUCCUUCACCGAUUCGGACGUAUCGAUAUUCGAGGCGUUCGCUAUUUUCUGCGGCCUCGGUAUUCACAACACUCAGAUGUACGAAUCGGCGUGCAAGCUGAUGGCAAAGCAGAAGGUAGCCCUCGAGUGCUUGAGUUAUCACGCGACCGCCAACAACGAUGACGCCCUGCGACUCGUCUCCGAUCACAUACCGUCCGCGGAAACGUACAACCUCUACAGUUUCACGUUCAUCGACUUCGAUCUCACCGACGACGAUACGUGCCGCGCCACCAUCAGGAUGUUCAAGCAGUGCGAUCUUAUACAGAAGUUCCACAUACCGUACGACGUCCUGUGUAGGUGGAUCCUCAGUGUGAAGAAGAAUUAUAGGCCAGUAAAGUACCACAAUUGGCGGCACGCGCUGAACGUCGCGCAAACAAUGUUCGCAAUGUUGAAGACCGGCAAGAUGGAGCAAUUCAUGACCGAUCUGGAGAUCCUCGGGCUCUUGGUGGCCUGUCUCUGUCACGAUCUGGACCAUCGUGGCACUAACAAUGCGUUUCAAAUGAAAACCGAAUCUCCACUGGCGAUCCUUUACUCGACCAGCACGAUGGAACAUCAUCAUUUCGAUCAGUGCGUCAUGAUUCUGAAUUCCGACAGCAAUAACAUCUUUCAGAAUUUAUUGAUGGAGGACUACAGACGUGUGAUGAAAGUCGUGGAGAGCGCCAUUCUCUCGACCGAUCUGGCGAUGUACUUUAAAAAGAGGAAUCGCUUCAUGGAAGUGAUCGACGAGGGCGAGUUCGAUUGGCAGAGCGAAGAGAAGAAAGAAUUACUAUGCGGCAUGAUGAUGACUGCGUGCGACGUGAGCGCGAUAGCAAAGCCCUGGGACGUGCAGCAUCGCGUAGCGAAGCUAGUGGCCGACGAAUUCUUCGACCAAGGCGAUCUCGAGCGCCUCCAGCUGAACCAGCAGCCGGUAGCGAUGAUGGAUCGCGAGAGGCGAGAUGAAUUACCGCAGAUGCAGGUCGGCUUCAUCGACGUGAUCUGCCUGCCCCUCUACAAGGUCUUAUCGGAAACGUUCCCGUGGAUACUGCCGCUCUACGAGGGUACCACGGAAAAUCGAAAGCAUUGGCAGGAUUUAGCGGAAAAGGUCGAGAUGGGACUGACGUGGAUUGAUCGCGACACGAUCGAAGAACCAGUGGAGGAAUUCAUUUCUUACGAGCCUAAAGAUAUCGAGUUCACGGUCACAACCUUAAACUGUGCUCACGCCGACAGAAAGGAACAAAUGCCGGACAGAUCGUCGCUCAGCAGGUUCGCGUCGUUGAGAAAGGGUGGACGUACGUUAAGCAAGGACGUCCGGCAUCGCAUCAGCAGGUCUCUCUACGCCAGGAGCAGCUCGGAAGACGCCGGCAAGCCGAAGUCGUUGCUCCCGGAGAGAAAGAAUCGGAAUAAGCUGUGCCUGCUCAUUUGACGGCUAACUUCGUCGACGCUCGAGAGCAUUCCCGAAUGAUGGCCAACGUGUGGCGAUACUUGGAAAUUUAAAUCGCAGCUUCCAGGUCGCGGAAGAUGGAAUCUUUAACGUUGAGAUUGCUUGGAAGCUGAAGCUUGACAAGAUCCGUGGGCAAGCUGUCAUUGAAAAAGAGCUUUAGGGUAAACCUAGAAGUCGCUCUUAGGGAAGUAACAUUGUUUGCUCCAAUAAUUAAGUCAGACUACUCUCGAAGGGUAGGAAUGAUACCGAAUGAGUUGUUUCAACGAGGCUUUUUUGAAGCUGCUUUGGAUUGUAGUGUAAUACUCACGGGAAAUGAAUCCUUUGGGAGAAACUCUUACAAUUAGAAGAGAAAAAUAUUGAUAUUUGAAGAAAUGAUCACUAGAUAUGAUCUUUAAAAAAAAAAAUGAUCACAUUUAAUCAGAUCGAUCGAAAUAAAAAAAAACACAAGAAGAAUAAACAAUGAGAAGAAAUGACGAUAAAUUUAGUAAUUUGUAAAAACCAGAUAUUCCGUGCGAAGAAAACGAGUUUAAUUCUGACAAAAAAACUGACAAUAUCGAAAAAAAUUGCAAUUAAGUCCAAGAUUAACUCUCAAAAGAAUAAAAUAUAUCGAAAUGUGAUAAUGCAUAUUUCAACAAAAAAAACUGGUUUAAUUAUCGAAAGAUCCAUUUCUAUUUUAUCAUUGCUCAUUUCAUAAUUUUAGUAAAAUUAAGAGAAUCAAGAAUCUUGAUAUUACCUGUUGAUAUUAUUUAACCGAAUCAGGCACAAAUCCGAAUCAAAGUAUUCAAAGUUCGACGUCACUAACGUGUAAAAACUUUAGUAUGAAUGAGAAAAUUAAUUAGAACUAAAUAAACGCAUACAUUUACAUUACUUCCGGAAAACGUUUCCGGAAAAAGGAAAAUACGCUCAAAGAAGAUACUGUAUUGAUUCCAGCGCAUUUUCCACUCCAUUGCCAGACGUAGAAAAACGACGAAUCAAAAGUACCGAAGUAAUUAAUAACGAAACGAACGGCGAAUCUUCGUAGGGCGAAGACGAUAACUAUACGUAGCCCGAGAAAGGGAAGAGGAAAUGAAGAAGGGGAUGAAGGGGAAUACCCGACGUGAUCUCACGAGACAUACAUUGCGCUUCGGGUCCCGAGAAGACUGUUGCCCGUAGGUUUUAAGGCGAUAAUACAUAGUCAACGGUAUUAAACAUAAAACACGUGUGCUUAGUCGAUGGCUAGGUAGCUAGAGAACUUGACGGUCGGUCGUUGCACCUCACAACGACAUUGCUCAUAAUCCGCAAUUCCGUAGAACGCGAGAAAGCGUGCUAUAUGUGUGAAUGUGUCGGGCGUCGUCGGAUGAUGAUGAUAAUGAUGAUAAAUUCAAUUUUGACAAUCUUUUUGUAUCACAUCUCGAUGAUAUUCUAGGGUAUACAGUUCGGCGUACGAAGGGAUCGGUGACGGUGAAGCUUACAGAUCGAAGAACUUGCGAAUCGGACUCGCGGACACGCUGCUCCAGGAUAUGGCAGUUUAGAAACGGGCGUAGUUUUAACUAUUUUAUCAGAUCUUUCAGAGCGAUCUCCGCGAUAAUAAAGAGAGAGAUGCGCAAUCGACAUUGUUAAGGUAAAAUUGCUCUCAAAUCAAUUUUCUCGUUUUAAUUACUCUUGAAGUUUUUUAGUGAAAUAAAUAAACAAAUUUAAAAUAUUUCAUGGGUUCUACAAAUAAAGAAUUUUAACUAGAUAUAUAUAAAAAUAUUUUAAAUAUUAUAACAAAUUAAAAAUUUUAAAUUUUUUGAGCUAAAAAGAAUCUCGUAUAAAUUUAAAGCGUUUUGAAUUGUGUAAAUAAAAAAAAUUCAGCGGCUUUAAAUUUUGUAAAUGGAAAUUUUCGAAACAGAGCGCAUUUCCAAUUUCGUAUGUAAAUAAAUAAAAAGUUAUAUAUGCCUAUAAAGAAAAAAAGAUUUUUCUUUCAAAGAAUUUAAAACAGACUUAAAGCUGGGGAGUCGCUAAUAUGAUCGCGAAUAAGUCCAAGAAUAUUUACCCUUCUCUCGAUCUGCAUAUUUAAGUAAAAUCUUUAUGUGUACAUAAAGACAGUAAGCGGUACUUUCAUGUCGUAUCAAUGUCUCGUAAAUGGAGGCAAUGAUAGGAUUCAAUCGUGCACGCAUGUACGUGAUGCAAGCAUGAUCGCGAGUCCAUCGAUUAUUUUCGCAGUUUCAAGUUUUGUCGAACUAUUGACCCUUCGGGAGAUCGGCAAGUUACGCAUAAAUUACGUUACUCGUGACAACAAAAAAAACCGUUUGCAUUUCCGUUAUUCCAUCAUUACACACGUAUUCCGUUUCUGAUCAGUGAGCCGAAAUCAGACAGCGGUAAUUUAACACUUCUCUUUUUUCACGAAUGAUUAACGGACGCUGCAAAGAAUUUUAAAAUUGGUUAAAUCAAAGUGCUCUUAUUAUUUUCCACAAACUUCCCAAGCGCAUUAUGUUUCUCCGAGUGUGAGUCUGAGAGUUGAGCAACACGAGAGUGAGACUGGUUUCUAGUCUUUUGAUAUAGCUGCGAAUCAAUAUGCCUAUCAGAAAUUGUUGCACAUGAUUAAAUAAAAUCUGGAUGUGCUCAAACA